AUGAAGCAAGUUUUAUUUUACCUCGCCAAAAUGGCGGACGCGUCGUUCUCGGUGCGCUCUACGAAAAUACCCGAUAAUCUUUAUGAGUUGUGCUUAACAAAUUUAGUGAACUAUUUGCAGAAAUUAAAGUGUGAGCGAAAUGAUUUGCGAUCGCUGCCGGACAGUGUCCUCAUGGAUAUUUAUUACAAGGCCCGUCACGCCGACGGUGCGACAUCCGCGGCGGUGUGCGCCCGCGUCACCGCCACGCCUCUGUCACGCCGCGCCGCAUUGGGCAUCACGGCACGUCACGUCACGCGGCGCGGUGCGGCCUUAGUGCGUUCGUCACGCGCGAAACACGUGCGCGCGUGUUUCGCGGCUUAUUUGUACGGGGUGUUUGUU